GUGAAAUUGGAAGCUUGAGCCGAGACACCAAUGGUAAGAACACACCCCCCACUCCAGAGCAGCAGGCAGCCAGCUGCAGGAAGAAACACGAAAACAGGCGGCACAGAUCAGAUCUGACAAACGAGGCAGUUGCAGGCAGGAGGAGUCCCGCCGAGGCAGUCUGCCAGUGUCGCUUCCCUCACACGCUUCACGACACACCACGCACACACACACCACUCACGCACGGGUGUUUGAUGGUCACCUGCCCUCCCCCUCUCACUCCAUCCGCUGUGCUCUCUCUGUGCGUGUGUGGUUCAGGUUGGCAAGACCAAGGCGCACGAGUUGCGCAACUCGAGCGAGAAGGAGCUUUUGAAGAAGCUCGAGGAGUACCAGAAUGAGCUCGCCUCUCUCAGGGUCGCCAAGGUCACUGGAGGUGCCGCUUCGAAACUCGCCAAGAUCAAGGUACACAACACACGCACACCCAGUCAGUACGGAAGGAAGGAGGCGUGUAUGCGUCUAUGCGUGUGUGUGUGGUGCAGAUCGUGCGCAAGUCGAUUGCGCGGAUCCUGACGGUGUACAAUCAGAAGCGGAAGGAGGAGGCGCGCAAGGAGUGGGACAAGAAGAAGUACAAGCCCAUCGACAUCAGGCAGAAGAAGACGCGCGCCAAGAGACGGAAAAUCCCUGCCGGAUUCGCUAAACCAACCGUCAAGUGAGUGGUCGACACAACACAGCCAUGGUUGUGCCCGCCUCAUGUGCUCUUGGUGUGUUGCAUUUCGUGUGCGUGUGUGUCCUGCAGGGAGACCAAGAAGCAGAUGAACAUCAAGACUCGCCGCUAUGCUGUCAAGGCAUGAGCCGUCUCUGAGUGGUGCUUGCAGAGAAUGCAUGUGGGCGGCUCUCAUGUGCGGACGGUUUGGCGACCUCUUGUUGGGUGGCGAUGUGACGACACUUGCGUGGUCGGUGUGAUGUGAUGUGAAGGGCUGACAUCUCCUGCAUGCGCACGCACGCACUCCCAGACACCGAAAAGCGAUUUCACGGUGCCAA